AUGCCCGUGUCAGGCUGGGCCUCGACAUGGGACUGGCCUCGAGGUGCCGCCGACCUCGUCCAGGCGAUGCUAUCUCGGCGCCCGAGGGCGCAGGCCAUGCGCGCCAGCUGCCGUCUAUGGCUUGAUGACUACGAGCGCCGGCUAGUCAGCCAGUAUUGGUGGACGCCUGCCGCUCUCCCAGUCGCAGGCCGGAAAGACGAAACCCCAUCACAUCACGCCAAGCCGGCCAUCAUCAUCCUCGUCACCGUCGUGCUGGCCGUUUUUGUCGACUCAUUCCUCUACGGCCUCAUCCUACCUGUCAUCCCCUUGGCCUUGUCAGCGCAGACGGGCGAGCCCGAGAGUCAGCGCCAGGUAUGUUGUAGCAAGCACGACACGGCCGGCCCCAGCAUCGGCCUCUUCAUGGACUACAUCAGCAUCGCCCUGUCGGGCGGCCUGCUCGUCUCGCCCCUCAUCGUCGGCGUCCUGUACGAGACCCACGGCUACUACUCGGUCUACUCGGUCCCCUUCGCCCUGAUCGUCUUGGACAUUGUGCUCCGCCUGCUCAUGAUCGAGAAGCGCCACGCGGCCCAGUGGCUGCCCGAGGUCGUUGAGGAUUCCGCCGGCUCGCAGUCCGACUCGGGCACCUCGUCCGCCCCCGACGCGGCCGGCGAGCAGGAGAAGAAGAUCGUGGUCGCGGCCACCACAGCGGCGGCGGCCCCGGCCCAGCUGGACGCCGCGCCCAAGGGGGGGCUGGCGAACCACCGCUACGUCCGCCUCAUCAAGUCCCCGCGCAUGCUCGCCACCCUGGCCGGCGUCGCCGUGCAUGCGGCCGUCAUCGUCUCGCUCGAGGUCACCGUGCCGCUCUUUGUCAAGAACACGUACGGCUGGAACUCGACCGCGGCCGGGCUCGUCCUGCUCGCAUCUAUGCUCCCGAGCCUGUUAUCGCCGGUGAUAGGCGCAAUUUCGGACAAGUACGGCGCCAAGUGGCCCUCGUUUAUCGGCUUCCUGCUCUCCAUCCCGGUCCUGGCCUGCCUGCGGUUUGCCGAGAUCGACAGCACCCUGGCCCAAAGGUCACGCUAA